AUGAAUAGACUUUUGAUUACAGAAUUAGGAGAUACACUAAGAACAGAUUUGAAAAAAUAAACUAAUAUAACUCUUACUUCAAACAAGCAAAAACUUAAAACUACUUUUCCUGAAAUUAAAAAUAAUUUAGGAGGUUCUUAAUUGUUUACAGAUUUAGAAAAAAAUGAAAAUCCCCUUUAUAAAAAAAGUCUCUCAGAAUAGGCUCUAUUAAACCUUUCAAAGAUCGCCAAUCUUUCGUUAUUCGGACUAAAAUGCAAGGAAUAAUUAAAAAUACAUAUAAGAGAGGAUCUAUCCAUAAAAGUUAAAAAUGACUACUUAAAUUAGCAAUUAGAAAAAUAUGCAACUAGAAUAUUGGAUGAUAAAAGUAAUUAUUUAGAUUAUAUUUAUAGAUUUGAUGACAAAGAGAAAAAGGUAGUUAUUAAAUGAAUUGAAAAGAUUAGAAGUCAAAGAAAAAAUAAAACAUUUAAAUCAUAUGCCUACUGAUUUAUCUCAAUUUAAUUUGAUUAUAGAAGACACUGAUAGAGAAAAUAAAUUGAUGUCUAUUGUAAAUGUUGAAGGGAAGUUGCUAUAAUUGCAGAGAAGGUAUGACUAAAAAUUGCAGGAAGAUGAAAAAAUUUAAUAACAAAUAAAAAUCAAUUAUUGCAAAUUUAAGGAUGACCAAACUAUGCAUAUUGAAGCUAUACACGUUUUAACUUAAGAAGAUAUGCAAAAUGAUGUGAAAGAUAUAUUCNUUAUUACGAUCAAACUAACUUAGUUAUCUGAAAAUGAUUAAAAAUUUAUAUACAAUUUAAAUUUAUCAUAAAAAAAUUCUUCUUAAAUUUUAAAAAUCCAUAAUUAAUAUCAUUGUAUAAAUAGUCAUCAAUAUUUAAAGAUAAAUAAGUUAAAUAUAAAAAAAAUUUCGCAUUUGUUAUAUAUAAAAUUAAAAUGUCUCAGAUUUGAGUAAAUACAGAUUCUUAAAUUCUACUUGAAUUUAAUUAUCAUGUUAUAGUUUAAAUAAGAGGGAAAUUAAUUUAUAAAGAAAAAGUAAAUCAUAAAAACUUAAAAGUAUAAAUAAAUGUGA